UCGUGUGUGGGAAUUAUGGCCGUCGAGAUGCAGACGGAGGAUUUUCCUUACUUACCGUCGGGACCGGCGGAGAUAAAUAAGAUGAUAAAGGAGCAUGGCGACCUGUUUUCUGACUCCCAGUGUAAAGUCUGCAGUGCUGUCCUAAUUUCUGAAUCUCAGAAGUUGACUCAUUAUCAGAGCAAGAAACAUGCCAACAAAGUGCGGCGUUAUCUUACAAUGCAAACUGAGGAGACGGCGAUCAAAAAGAUGAAGCCGUUAUCGUCUGACACAGACUGUAACAACGGAGACACAGACCGGUUGAAGGCGUGUCAUGUAUGUAACAUGACCUUCUCCGCUCCAGUCGUCGCUGAGUCUCACUAUCAGGGCAAAGUUCAUGCCAAGAACCUGCGGCUGAAAACAGUCGGACCUCAGACCCCAGCAGUAGCACCCCAAACGACACCGACAGUGCAGCCGAAGAAGAAACCUGCGGAGGAUUCGAGUGCUGCUCCGACGACGGGCAACAACAACAACAACAACAACCCGGACCGUUUCUGCUCCAUCUGCCAGGCCUCCUUCAACAACCCGCUCAUGGCUCAGCAGCACUACGUGGGCAAGAAGCAUAGAAAGCAGAUGACCAAGCUUAAACUGAUGGAGACGUACGGCCCGUCCACAGCACCAGCUUCCACACUAAAUGGAUACCCGUGUACUGUCUGUAAUAUUGAACUAAACUCUGUGGAACAGUAUCAGUCUCACAUCAGCGGUGCCAAGCAUAAGAACCAAGUGAAGAAAUCAGGCCUGAACACUACAGAGAACCAACACCCAGCAGAACAAUCAUAUGCGAGCGACAACCAGUACACAGCCGCAGAGGACCAGUACACCCCCGGGGACGACCAGUACGGAGCCGGAGACAACCAGUACGACGCAGCUGGAGAUAACCAGUACGCUCCAGAGGACACGGAGUACUCAGAGGAGUACCAGUAUACUUGAGACUGGGAUUGACUGAGGAGGUUUCAGUGAGGACUUGGAACGAGACACAACAACCAGCCCCCCUUUUAACACGUUAACCAACCACCAACCUCCAUGAACCUUCAGCUCCCGUCAGAGUAGGUUUCCACAAGGAACAGAUUCACAUAAACCCACCGCUUCGGACCCUGGAACAUCCCCCACAUGUAACAAUUCCAGCUAAAACGGUUAACGGAUGUGUGUGUGUGUGUGUGUGUGUGUGUGUGUGUGUGUGUGUGUGUUUAUUUUAUUUUAUUUUAUUUUAUUUUAUUCUGUACUGAAAAAAAACAAGCGUUUGAUGAGUGAAUGUGGGAAAUGAUAAGUUAUACUCUUCAUUGUGUGAUCGAGGCUUCAGCAGGGAUGCAGCUGAACCCACAAACACGACAGAGAAGGUGUUUGAUGGUUCAGCUUCUGCUACAAAUACACUCACUGACCGAAAGGCUUUCUCCAGAACAAUGCACAUUAGGGCUGGAUGUCGGUUCAUUUGUUGACACCAGUGCUGAUUUAAUGUCUUUUUCUUUGCCCAGACUAUAAAUUAUGAAACAGAUUUUUCUUUUAAAUCAAAUCUUUUUUGUCUAAUGCUGCCCGUUGUUUAACCCUCUGAACCCCAAACCGCUUCAGGAGUGUAAUUUGGUGCUUGGGGCUCAUUUUUCAUCAGUUUAAAAUCCUGCUUUUUUUUUUAUGGAAACAGCAGAACCACAGCGACAAGUGAAAAGAAAUCCAACAUGUUUUAUGUGCAAUAUAGGAGAGAAGGGUUAGAAUCCCUAAAGAAACUAUGAAAGUUGAAUUUCUUUGAUCUUUUGUUUCACAAAAAUGGAAAAAACUUGAUAAGAGGGCUCGUCAUAC